AUGUCCCCAUGCGGUAUCCGAGGUCCCCUCCACCGUCAUAUUAUUUGCCCUGAAAAUGAUCCAGCGUAUAUCGCCUUUCCCACGCCAGCGACGCCCCUAUGCGCUCUCGCUGCCUCAUGUCCCCCAAGGAAGGUGGUUAGUGCGUUCGCCAGGAGGAGAACACGGUAUCAGAUGGCGGCCUCUCAGUGCAUAUCCCAGACACGGUGGUUAGUGCGUUCGCCAGGAGGAGAACACGGUAUCAGAUGGCGGCCUCUCAGUGCAUAUCCCAGACACGAUGGGAAUUCUCGAAACACCUCUUCGCUUCGCCCAGAUCCAGCCGCGGACCUGGAAUCCCUGCCCCCUGCUCGCCGCCGCCUCCGAACCAUCGACCCAAGAUCCUCGCUCCAAUCUGUCCCCCUCCACCCUCCUUGCCCUCCCUUUUCUCUCCAGAACCAUUAUCCAGACGGCCCCUCCAUACCUUUCUUCCUCACCCCGUCCUCUUCGCACACUCGGCCCAGUUUGGUCCCCCACGUGCAUAGCACUAGACAAGAACAGUAA